GAAGAAACCCCCCCCUCCCUUCGCUCUGUGCGGCGUGUCCGCUUGUUGGCGAGUACGGUGGCCGCGGCGGUUGGGGUCAACGCCGUUCUGUCUUUUGGGUUUCGCUUCGUGUUAGGAGAGCCGCGGCGGCAGCAGCAGCGAUGGCUCCCAAGGGCAGUAGCGGCGGGGCUCGGCAGCAGUCGGAAGAGGAGCUGCUCCUGCAAGAUUUCAGCCGCAACCUGUCGGCGAAGUCCUCGGCGCUGUUCUUCGGCAACGCGUUCAUCGUCUCGGCUAUCCCGAUAUGGCUUUACUGGCGGAUUUGGCACAUGGACCUCUUUCAGUCUGCAGUCCUCUACACUGUAAUGACCCUUGUCAGCACCUAUUUGGUUGCCUUUGCUUACAAAAAUGUGAAGUUUGUUCUUAAGCACAAGGUAGCCCAGAAACGGGAAGAUGCUGUUUCCAAAGAAGUGACCCGCAAGCUUUCCGAAGCAGAUAAUAGGAAGAUGUCACGAAAGGAGAAGGAUGAGAGAAUUUUGUGGAAGAAGAAUGAAGUGGCAGACUAUGAAGCAACAACCUUCUCUAUCUUUUACAAUAAUACUCUCUUCCUCGUCGUAAUAAUUGUUGCUUCCUUUUUUUUGUUGAAGAACUUCAACCCCACCGUCAAUUACAUCCUCUCCAUCAGUGCUUCAUCUGGACUGAUUGCUUUAUUAUCUACAGGCUCAAAGUAGAUAGAAUUAUUUGAGUACAUGAAUUCAUCUCUGUCCUGCCCAAUCAGAAGAAGGUGGAUUUGCCAUUUUCUAUACAUUCAUCUUUUUCGUUUUUUGUGAUUAGAUUGGGGAGCAGUUUUGUUAUAAAAUUAUACAAUGAAGAUGAGGCAUUCUAAUUUAGGCGUGUAAUGUGCUUAUUCAAAAAAAAACUUCUGACCAUUUGGGAGGGCAUAGCGAUACAGCUGUAUCAUCCGAGAAGUUCAUCAACUAGAUCUGGAAUUCUUGAUUAGAAGUUUUUUGGGGUUUUGUUACAUUGUUAUUAAAAAAAGCUUUGCUGAAAA